CAUUUUUAGCUCAGUCAACGUUAACAGCAGAAAACCAGACUUCAAUCUAAAUCUACAACGUCCUCUAAGAAAGGAAAAAAAAUGAAGAUGUAACUUAAUCAAAAGCCAUCCUCAGGUAGGCUUCACAAGUUCACACUUCAAUCUGGCGGAAAAGGUCUCUUUCUCUCGCUCUCUCUCUCCUCAUCUUCACAGCGGAGUGAGACUUGACUUAUAGUAAUAUAUCCUUCCACAUCAGGAUCUAAUAGGUUUCACGGCUGAUCGACACGACCACACGGAAUAGUCCGCUCCACAGGGGGAGCUGUUAGCGGCGCCUUGCCUGUCUGAGCAAAGGGGGAGGGGCAGAUAUUACAUCGAAUUUGUUUGAGGAUAAGCGGACGUGCCAGAAGGCUGACACUUGAAUAACUUUAUUUCUCCUGUUCGCUACAACGUUUGAAAGUGGGACGUCAGACUGCGCUAAGAAAUCGGCCGUCAUCAGACGACGGUUUGCCUUUUCUCGUGUUUGUCACAGGAGAUGAGCGAAGAGUUUGAAAACUUCAUCAAGCCAUCACAAGUCGGGAUAUUUGCUAGUUUAUAAUAACAUACACCUUUAACAUGUUAAUCCCAGUUUAAAUGUUUACUCUAUUUCUUCCUUACUCUUUUUUUUUGCUGGAGCAUGACAUCAUCACUCUCACUGAAUGUAACUGACUGCAUGUCUUCAAACGCGAAUAACGUUCUGCCGAACUUUUCAUUGUUUCUAAACUGUACUUUCUCAAACGAUGUCGAAGAUGUUCGUCUGGAAUUUCCGAACUAUAUCCGAACAGUGGCCACUGUUCUCUGUGCUGUGUUAUUAGCCGUUGGAACCACUGGCAAUAUUCUCGUGCCCGUUGUCGUCUGUCGGACUAAAGACUUGAGGAACUCUACCAACUUCUUCCUGAUCAACCUGAGUAUUGCUGACCUUCUGGUGUUACUAGUCUGUAUGCCCACUGUAUUGAUAGAACUUCAUUCGAAACCGGAAGUCUGGCUUCUAGGGGAAGGAAUGUGCAAAUCUGUCCCUUUUGUGGAGUUGACUGUAGCUCACGGGUCCAUCCUCACCAUCCUGGCCAUCAGCUUUGAACGUUACUAUGCUAUCUGUAAACCACUAAAGGCCGGCUACAAGUGUACCAAGAUGAGGGCUCUUGUCAUCAUAGUUGUUGUGUGGGUGGUGUCUAUCCUCAUCACCAGUCCUAUUCUAGCCAUUGCCGAGUACACGUACGUUGAAUACGUUGAUGGCUCGACUGUUCCCGUGUGUUUGACACUGGUCCAAACGUUUUGGCAGCGACUGUACUUUAUCUCAAUUAUUGCCAUAUUCUUUGGAAUCCCCUUCUUUAUAUUGGUCACUGUAUACUCUUUCAUUGCCAAACACCUGAUGAUAGACGGGGGAGUAGUGUCAUCGAACACAGAACAGUCACAAGCCAAAGCACGUCGUCAAGUCGUAAUGAUGCUAGUGGCUGUUGUUCUAAGUUUCUUUUUAUGUCUUCUUCCAUUCCGUGUGUUUACUUUGUGGAUUAUUGUGGCUGACCCAACGGACGUCCAAAAGCUAGGAAUGGAAGUCUACUACAAUCUGCUCUAUUUCUGCCGGCUUAUGCUGUAUACUAAUUCUGCUAUCAACCCUAUUCUUUACAACCUUAUAUCUUCCAAGUUCCGCGACGCUUUUCUCAGAUCACUGGGUUGUAGGAAAAGUCGGCGACUUCUCCGACAGGUGACCUUCACUCCCACCUCCCUAACACUUCAGAGCAGCCUGAAGAGUCGUUCAAGCCACUCCAGUGGAACCUACAGCACAGUUAUUCAAUCCCGAACUUUCGUAGCCAAGGGUUUAAACAAGCUAUUGUAAAUAUUAACACAAUGAGUUUUAUAAGUAUAGAUUCUCAAGAUUAUGCCUUAGCUGCUUUGAUAUCUGAAAAACGAUCUCAGUAGAAUCCUCCAGACUAACUUUUAUUAAGUACCUUUUGUUUUAAUUAGAGACUUGAAAGUUUACACUAUUGAGCUUCAAUAAUAUUGAAGUUUAGAGCCAGUGACUUGCAGCAAUGUAUUUACUUUAAAAUUGUAUGUUUUUGCUUCUAAAGAAGUAACCGUAAAAUGGAUAUUCCAAAUGACUUCAAACGCUUAGACCCUCAGCAACCACGUACUACAACCAAAACAUUCCGACCCACAAAAAGACCAAAGUGUCAAAGCUUGUAAAUUAUUUAGGG